AUGAGCAAGUCCCGGGUAGAUAUUUUCACAUACCUCCUCUUAUCCUCAGAGGAUGACCCGCGGAAUCCAACUAUCAGUGACGGUGACCUGAUAUAUGACUCGGAGCUCGCGGUCGUGGCUGGCAGUGAUACUACUUCUACAACCAUGGCGGCUAUUAUAUAUCUUCUCGCAAAGAACCCCGAGAAACAAAAUCUGUUACAACAGGAAGUCGAUCAGACUUUGGGUAACCCCGAAGAUCUCAGCUAUAGAAAUAUCGCCGGAAAGACUCCGCUCCUGGAUGGCUGCAUCAACGAAGCCCUGAGAAUGUACCCAGCAGCACCCAGCGGUCUUCAACGUCUGACGUCCCCAGAAGGUGCCAUAAUUGCCGGCAAAAUGGUACCAGGAGAUACGCUGGUCUCUACGCCUCCAUACACACUGCAUCGAGACCCGCGCAAUUUUACCGACCCAGAAUGCUUCAUACCCGAGCGAUGGUCUUCUCAGGGACACUUGGUUAAAGCUAAAGAUGCGUUUAUCCCCUUUUCAAUCGGGCCAUAUUCCUGCGUAGGGAAGAACCUCGCCAUGAUGGAGAUGAGGAUGCUCCUCGCUUGCCUCGUUUGCUCGUUCUCUUUCCGCUUCCCCGAUAAUCAAGAAGCAGCCAUUGUGGAGGCCUUUGAGUCCGGCUACAAGGACCAUAUUACCGGGCAGCUGGCCAAGUUUGAAGUUCUUAUAUCUAGAAGAACCCGAGCUUAA